AUGUCGGCGCCCGCUGCCGUGCUGACUUCGCAGUACCCGGAGGAGGCCGAGAGCGCCGGAAAGGGCACCCCGAGCCGCUCCCCACUGCUCAGUGCUACACAACGCGUCAGGCUCCAGCGACGGCAAUGGCCAGCGGCUUCCCCGAGAGCCCUGGCUCUGCUGGCACUGUCCGUGGCCGUGGCGUGUGCUCUGGCAGUGGUCUACUACUUCUACCGCUCCGCGCCGUCGGGCGCACUUCAGAGUCAAGGGGCGCUGGCGACCCGCGCAUGCGUGACGGCUGGCUGCCAAGAGCACGCUUCGUUCUUCCACCGCAGUCUGAACACACGAGUAGACCCCUGCGUGUACCUGGACGCCUACGUCUGCUCCCUCUGGUCGCCAUCUAGCCCCAUGGCGUCGGACCUUGCUGGACAGAUGACUCUGACCCGGGCGUUGAGGGCCACGGAGUCGCUGACUCGGGACGCCACGUCUGAGGCUUUGGACGCGGGAGGCGAACUGGGCGCGCAGCACAAGGUCGUAUCGGCGUUCCUGCGCAAGUGUAUCGCCCAGAAGGACGAUGACCGACGCAGCCUUCUCAGCGUGCGCGAUUUCGCGGCACGCCUGGGUAUCCCGUGGCCGUACGACGCGAACCAUCCCUCGGUGCCGGACACCCACCCCUUUGAAGUGCUCAUCCGACUGGACGGGCGUUGGGGCCUGGAACUGUGGUGUCAGACAACCGUGUUGAAACGCAGGCGUCAAAAACCGAUACCACCCGUGCUGGUGGUACGCAGGACAGAUAUGGCCUCCGCCUGGUUGGGCUUGGUCGACGCGCUCGACAACAACCAAGGACGCAUGGCGUACUACAAAGACAUACACAGGUACACAACCUGGCUGGCACAUUACCGGCGCGCAUCCAACGCCCCGCGCAGCCUCUACGGCGUGCCCGUCCCCGACGCGGCGACCGCCGACAGGCACUUAAAGACCGAACGAGAGGUGUUGACGGCGCUGGCGACCGUCACGAACGAGACCGGCCGCGAGGCCGUCGACACCACGGUCGGCCGUCUCGAGUCGCUCUUCAGCCACUUGGGCGACAUCCCGCUCGUCCAGUUCCUCGUGUCCUUCUUCAACGCCUCGGGGAUCCACGAGCGCAGCCGUGUUUACGUCGAGAGCCGCCGGUUCGUCGUCGCCCUGGACGAGCUGCUGGGCAAGUUCGGCAAGGACCGGCUCAUGGAGCACAUCGCCUGGUGGUUCGCCCAGCUGUGCGCCGUGAUGGCCUCGAGCAAGGCUCGCCUGCUGAUCGGAGGGAACGAGGAAUUCAUCGACAUCCUGAUCGCCCCGACGACGAAACGAAUCCCCGAGGGCGGCGAGGCGUGGCGCUUUUACGAGGGCGAGGGCCGGCUGAUGAAUCCGUACCGCGGACUCCUCUACCGCUACCUGAGCAACACGCUGACCGUGACGCAAGCCGCGACCGCCAGUCCGCUCUUCUACGCCGACUACAGCGGGGGCGGCGUCCUGCGCGCGGCCAGCUUCGGGGGCCUGGCCACCGCCUUCCUGGAAGCCGCGCUCAGAAUGUUCGACAGACGAGGCAUUCGAAUAGACGAAGGCGAGGCCAGGGCCUGGAUGAGUCCGCGUGCCGAGAGACAGCUGUACCGCAGGUUUCACUGCAGUAGCAACAUCGGCGAAAACAUGCUGCAGGUGGCCAGCCUUCGUGUCGCCUGGGAGGCCUACAAGAACGCCUCGUCGGGCGGCGAUUCGUCAUCGGUCGAGGCUCUGGACAUCCUCGACUCGCACGGCAACGCCCAGCGCUACACGUCGGACCAGCUCUUCUUUCUGACCUACUGCCGCCGCUUCUGCAGCACCGGCACCGGCUGCAAAUCGGCCGUGCGCAGCCUGCCCGACUUCGGCUCCGUCUUCGGCUGCGCCAAGGGGCGCCCGGAAGAAGACGAUCUAAGCCUGUGCCGUUUCUUCACGUAGCGUUGACUUUACCGCCUACCGAUCUUACAUUUCUGCUUUGCGUAUAUGCAUACAUACUGCUACUGCGGCCAUCGCUUCUCGGUACUUUGCAUUUGUGCACUCUUUUGCGAAACGCGUUUCAGUUUCGCAAAACUUACCGAUUUUACUGUUAUAUUUCUCGAUUAUGUUUGGGCCUAAAAGAUAGUCCCUUGUGCAUGUAUGCCUCGACUUCGCUUCACACUUUUUUCUUAAUGCAAGUCACAAUUCGAAGGUUCAGUGCUGAUGAUGCUAGAUUGCAACUGUGCGCGCAUAUUAACCUCGAUCAUCCGGGACCUCAGUGCAACACUGAGAGCGAAUGUGGUGUGCGCGCCGUGAAGCGUAAGGGGAGGAAAAUGCAGAACUUGUUUCAAUGACAAGUUUUUUUUUUCAUAUUUUGACAGAACUUAUAACUGGGCGUGAUAUCGUCUUUCUCACAUUUGUGUCCCCUACCAAAUGUAUACUAAUUACGGACGUGGAGGCAUCAGAAUGAUUUGCAAUUUUACUUUCUAAUCGAACUUGAACGUGUCGUCUGCAGCUCUGUCGCAUAUUAUGGGAAAUAAAGACGUUGAUACAACAUC